AUGAGUUAUCCAGAGUUAACUAACGUAGGUCAAGCAACGGGAGAAAGCUCAAGAAGAACUGGGGUGGCAAGGAAUAAUCGCCAGGAGUAUUUUAUAGAGAAAAAGGAAAAGAAGACAAGGAUUACACCUAGGAGCCAAAGCUUUAAGAGGGGUCGUUCUGUUACUUCACGCUCUCAACGCCAAAACAAUGACCGAAGGAACUACAACCGUCUGGAUUUGAAUUCUGAAGGGCAAACUAGUACUCAACUAGAUGACUUAAGGUGCCCAAGAUGCAAGAAGUACCAUCUAAAUAGACCAUGCAGGGCCGGAUUAGGCGUAUGUUAUAAGUGCGGGAAGCCAGGACAUGUAUCUCGAAAUUGUCCACACAGGAAAGGCUGGGAUGCAACCAAAUCUGAUUCUCAGACUCGAGGUAACCAUGAACUAGCAGUUGAAUUUCAAACUUCCUUGUAUAUCAUUAAUAUGUGA